AUGAGAACAUUUUUGGAGCAGCAGUGAGGAGGAGGAGGGAUGAGGAGGAGGGGGGUCCCUGAUAUCGAUCAGGAUUCAAUCAGGGGUAUUCUGACUUGGGAUAUUUGAGACUGUGCUCUUACAGAAAUCAAUCUGUGGCAAAUGUAGCCUCCCAGUCCGGCUCUGAAUGAGAUCUCUCUUUUCUGCUCCACUUUUGGCCAGCUGCAUAAGCUCCACGCGAUCAAUCAGCUUUAAACGACCGUUAUUUUUAGCAGAGGUGGGGGGGCUGAUGUGACUCUCAUCGCCGGUCAAACCUCACGCGUCCUCUUCAGCUUUUCUACCUUUUCCUCUGCUGCUGUCCGCGCUGCAGGGACGCACACUUUUAUUUUUUUUUUAAUUCCAGGCCCAGGCACAGAGUGGAAACCGGGACCUGGCCGCAUGACAAACAAGUGCAUGGGAGUAGCCUGCAGGGCCCGGCGUCACAUCACGACCAGUCCUCCGCACCUCUCCGCUUCUCUCCGCCGCCUGUGAUGUGCGUUACGGCAUUACGCACGGAGCCGGAGCGACCGCGAGCCUGAUCUGCCUUAUUUCAGGAAGAGAAAUCCACCUCGAGGACAGGAUGAGCAGCAAGGAGCUGACGGUGGGCCAGUCCAGCCAGUACGUGGGGCCUUACCGGCUGGAAAAGACCCUCGGGAAGGGACAGACAGGGCUGGUGAAGUUGGGCGUCCACUGUAUAACGGGACAGAAGGUGGCCAUAAAGAUUGUCAACAGAGAAAAACUCUCUGAAUCAGUUCUAAUGAAGGUGGAGAGAGAAAUAGCUAUUCUUAAACUAAUCGAGCACCCUCACGUUCUGAAGCUGCAUGAUGUCUAUGAGAAUAACAAAUACCUGUACCUGGUUUUGGAGCACGUGUCGGGCGGAGAGUUAUUUGACUACCUGGUGAAGAAGGGCAGGCUGACCCCCAAAGAGGCCAGAAAGUUCUUCAGGCAAAUCAUCUCCGCCCUCGACUUCUGCCACAGUCACUCCAUAUGUCACAGAGACCUGAAGCCAGAGAAUCUCCUCCUGGAUGAGAAGAACAACAUCAGGAUAGCAGACUUUGGCAUGGCCUCGCUGCAGGUCGGGGACAGCCUGCUGGAAACCAGUUGUGGAUCUCCACAUUACGCCUGCCCAGAGGUCAUUAGGGGGGAGAAGUACGACGGUCGCAGGGCAGAUGUUUGGAGCUGUGGAGUCAUUCUCUUUGCUCUUCUUGUGGGUGCCUUGCCCUUUGACCACGAUAACCUGCGGCAGCUUCUAGAGAAAGUGAAGAGCGGCGUUUUCCACAUGCCUCACUUUAUACCUCCGGACUGCCAGGCUCUGCUGAAGGGAAUGAUAGAAGUCAACGCCGACAAGAGACUCACGCUAGAGGCAAUACAGAAACACGCCUGGUACCAGGGGGGUCGUAACGAGCCCUGCCCGGAGCAGCCGCCCCCCCGCCGGGUGUUUGUGAAGCGGAUCCUGUCCCUGACAGACCUGGACCCCGACGUCCUGGAGAGCAUGUACUCGCUGGGCUGCUUCAGAGACCGGGUCAGACUCACACAGGACCUUACAAGUGAGGAGGAGAACCAGGAGAAGAUGAUCUACUACCUCCUGUUGGACAGGAAGGAGCGAUACCCGAGCUGUGAAGACGAGGACCUGCCGCCCAGAAAUGACCUCGACCCCCCCCGGAAGCGCGUGGACUCCCCGAUGCUGACGCGUCACGGCCGCUGUCGUCCAGAGAGGAAGAGCCUGGAGGUCCUCAGCGUCACAGAACAGGGGUCUCCCACCCCGCCUCGCAGGGCCCUGGACACCAACGCACACAGCCAGAGGUCUCGUUCAGUUAGCGGAGCGUCCACAGGUCUGUCCUCCAGUCCUUUCAGCAGUCCCAGGAGCCCGGUCUUCACUUUCAGCCAAUCAGAGGUCACCUCUUCCUCCUCCUCCAAAGACCCCAAACCAGGAAGCGGCACCACCUCUCGGCCCACCCGCCCGGCUCCCGACCCCAAAACACAGACCCUGCCCUCCAAGGGCCCCACGGAGCGUCCCCAGCUCCACUCCAUGAAGUCCCUCCCCCUCCAGACUCCUCGCUCUCCCUCCCCGUCCCCGUCCCCGCUCCUCUCCCCCAUCCCACGCUUCUUCAACUUCCCGUCUCCAUCCGUCUUCAAGUCCAAGAACGUCCACUCGUCCUCUAACUCCUCCUCCUCCACUCCCCCUCCUGUGUCGCAGGUCACGCCGCAGGGCUCGCCGCUGCCCACCCCUGGCACGCCCGUGCACCAAAUCCAGCACCCUUCCUCCACCACCCCUCCCUCCUCUUCUUCCUCGUCUUCUUCCUCCAGAGCGGACGGAGCGGGCGGGGCCUCGCUGUCGCUGACGCCGCCCUAGCCCGGCGGCAGCGGCGGUCUGGCCGCCUCCAGCUCCGCCCACUGGAGGACGAGGCUCAACUCGUUCAAGAACAACCUCCUGGGCUCGCCGCGCUUCCACCGCCGCAAACUGCAAGUCCCCACAUCAGAGGACAUGUCCAGUCUGACUCCAGAGUCCAGUCCAGAACUGGCUAAGAAGUCCUGGUUCGGUAACUUCAUCAGUCUGGAGAAAGAGGAGCAGAUCUUUGUGAUAAUUCGAGACAAGCCGCUCAGCUCCAUCAAGGCCGACAUCGUGCACGCCUUCCUCUCAAUCCCGUCCCUCAGCCACAGCGUGGUGUCUCAGAACAGUUUCCGGGCCGAGUACAAAUCGUCCGGCGGCCCCUCGGUCUUCCAGAAGCCUGUCAAGUUCCAGGUGGACAUCGCUUUCUCCGAGGGAGAGAGGGAGCGAGAGAGGGAACGAGCAGAGAGGGAAGGAAGACGAGAGAUGGGCAUCUACAGCGUCACCUUCACCCUGAUAACAGGUCCCAGUCGCAGAUUCAAGCGUGUGGUGGAAACCAUUCAGGCUCAGCUGCUGAGUACUCACGAUCAGCCUUCUGUGCAGGCACUGGCUGAUGAGAAGAACGGCCAGCUCUCCCGUCAGCCCAGCACGCCUUCCCGUCAGAACUCCCGGCGUUCGGAGAGCGGAUCGGAGCGGGAGCGAGGAGAGAAGGAGCGCGCGGCGGAGGCGGGGAGCGGAGGCAGCGGGAGCAGCAGCGGGACGUCCUUACAGAGACGAGGGUCGGGGAAAGACAAGACCAGACUCCUGUCGUCGUCCAACGGGACGCAGUCUCACCCCUGAAAGAAUGUCGCGGAAGAGAGGCGAGGCUCGUCCGCCCGGCCGCUUUCUCUUCCUCCCCUCAGUCCUUCCCACGUUCCUUCCUUCCCCGUUUCCUCACUUCUUGCCUCGAGUCCAAAGCAGUGGGACGGAGGGGGACGUCUGUCCUUGAAGCUGACGUAGGGACGAGACGGCGGAUUCCCCACAAACUGCUGAUUUUAUCACAAGUGUUCAUUUGUGCGGCGGCGGAGGAAGCCGAUCUCUAAUCAGCCUUCAAGGGCAGCUUCGCCCCCGAGGGACAAGCCCGAAGACGGGAUGUCCGAAGAAGCUCACAGCUGGAGAAAUAACCCCUCCGACGGAUCAAGAAAGCACAUGACCUUCCCACCGACCAAUCAACACACGCUUCAACUGCAACAGGAAAUGUCCUAUCAAUCACAGGAAGUCACCGUCCAACCACAGAGCCGCUUAAAUCAUCAGCUGUGUUCGAAACCGUUCCCCAUCCAAAAACGAACAAAGAUUACAAGACAGCCAUCUAGAAGCCUUUUGAUACUUUGCAUUAAAGUAUUUGAGGGCUUAACUCAUUAAAAUACGUCACGUUCGGCUCACGCUCAUCACGGCCCGCACCGAACGCGAUUGGCUGUGAGGAGAUCGUGUGAAAAGUGAUGCGUGAAUGAUGUAGGAAACGUGGAAAACAAAACUAAGUGCUUAUUGUCAAAAUGGUCAAAUUAUUAUAUCAAAUUAUCGUACAUAACAGCAAUGUAGGAAUUAUUGAUCGCACAUCGUACAGAGGGCAAAAUUAUCGUACAAAUACGAUUAAUAUCGUACGUGUGGCAACACUGCCACAGCUGCUGAGCCGAGGGCUGAAACAGGAAACAGGACCGCCGCUGACGACACCGCACUUCCACAUCAUCAGAACUUAAAUCAGGGCUCCCAAGGAUCCUUAAAAAGUCUUAAAAGUCAUUGAAUUCAUUGAUCUAGAAAUGAGCACUUAAUUGGUUUUAAACUGACUUAAAUUAAUGAUUCAAAAGUCUUAAAAAUGCUCAGACAUGCUCAAUGCUCAGUCAGGAUAAAUGAGUCAGUCAAAUCACUGGAAACAUCUUUUUUUUGGCAGGAAAUAAUUUAAUAAAAUACUUUCCUUAAACUGGUUAUGAUGGCAGUCUUAUAUGAAGAUUGAGAAACCACCAGAUAUUUCCCGCUCCUUUAUGAUAAUAUAAUAUCUUCAUUGCUCCAACCUAAAAAAGAGGGUUUUUUUCCAACAAAAGCUAUAAUCUAACUUUUUCACUGGACAAAAAAGUCUAUUUUUUUUUACAAUAAAUAUUUGGGCUAAAUAAAAUUGUGCAUGUUUAAUUUGGUUAUUAGAAAAUUGGUCUUAAAGUUUAUUCCAAGUGGCAUUAAAAAAAUCAAAAAAGUCUCAAAUGUAACUCGCCUUAAGCUGCAGGAAUCCUGAUUUCAACAAUUUAAUUGGGAUUUAACAGAAAACCUAACACGCAACAUGGAUAUAACCUUUGUGAUCGGUCCUCCUGAGUGCUCGCUUUGUUUACUGCGCUGCGUCACACGAAUAUGCCGCGCUUCUUUUGAUGCAUUGAUGUCCAGAAAGUUUCCGCGUGGUGUCCGAAAUCUCGUUCGGUUGUUCCUUAUUUGAUACACAGUGAGAACAGUGAGUGAGAGAACCGUUUCGAACACAGCUUUUCUCUUUUAUCAUUUUCACCUGAAUCAUCACGUCUCCUCAACGCCACCUGACCAAACACGACGAGUCACAUGACAGGAAAUCUCCUCUUCUCCUCACUUUCGAUUGAAAUUUCUUCACAAGCAAAGAAACCAAAUGAGGAAGAAAUAUAAGAAAGAAUGACAGGAAGAGCCUGGAUCUGGACACGAUUGUUAAAGUGGAUUUUAUCUGUCAAACUGUAAAAAUUGAGGAGUCCGAAAGCAGAGAGCGAGAUGACGGAUCUGAAUCGGGCCACGCAGACGACUUUUCCUCGAGUGUUUGAGAGGCAUAAAAUCCCCACAGUUAUCUCUGAUUUACACUGAUGAAGCUAUGAUACCGUAUUGCCUUUAAAAGGAGGAGAAAAAGUGGAUAGCUAGUUAGAUUUAGCCCCAUUUUUCGGACACUAGUCACCACAGGUAGAAUGUCUUCACGAGAGGAAAAAAUGAAUAGAUAGAUGGAGACGAAACGGAGGAUAGAUAGCAACAGGUAUCCAAAGGAAGGACUAAAGUCAAAGUCUUGAUCAAUACAACGAUCAUGUGGCAUAUGCACAUUGAAAGAGUUCUUGUUUGCAGUGGGUUUUUUUUAAAUCUCAAGAAAGCCUUGAAAAGUCGAGCUUUUGUGAUCAAAGGUCAAAGUCACUGUGACCUUUCUAAAGUCUCAUUUUCAAAAAUCUCAAGAAAACCAGAGGGAAAAUCCUCAGAUUUGGCACAAACGUUCACUUGGACUCAAUACGCAGGUUUCCAUUAACCCUCAAACUGUGCAAAUUGAAAUUGCGAAUGUAAAGUCCGCCUGAUGAAAACACGUCGAUAUCGAAAAAAACUCUCUAACAGUGAGCCAGUGUGCACAAAACCAGGACCCUGAAACCGAAGCAAAAUAGAAUUCAGCCUUCUUUAUUUUGAUUAUUUAAUGGAUAAGUUGAUGAACUGAAAAUUGAAUAGUAAACAUUUUGAUGAUACGAUCAUUUUAGCUGCUUUUUUAAAACAUUUGCUGGCUUCAUGUUUCCUAAAUUGAGAAUGUGAUGCUUUUCUCUUUUUCUGCGAUCGGAGGCACAUUAUGUUUUUGGGUCGUCUGACCGUCCAUCCCAUUUUUGUGAACCCAGUAUCUCAAAAACACCUUCAAAUUUUGAAUAAAUGUUCAGUUGGAC